AUGAACCUCAACUUCACCUCGCCCGUGCACCCCGUCUCCGCGCCCAGGCCCACCUCCUUCUUCAUCGAGGAUAUUCUGCUGCACAAGCCCAAGCCCUUGCGGGAGGUGCCCCCCGAGCACUUCCCCGGCUCCUUGGCCUCCCGCGUCCCCCUCUUGGACUAUGGGUACCCCCUGAUGCCAACCCCGACCCUCCUGGCGCCCCACCCGCACCCUGCCCUGCACAAGCCGGAGCAUCACCACCACCCUUACUUUCUCACCACCUCGG